CAUUGAAAUCGCUGUGAUGUUGUCAAACACCGUACUACGUAUCAAACCUUGAAGCGGGAGCGUCUGCAGCGCUGCAGAGCAACAGGACUGAAUUACUAUUCCUACUGAUUGCAUUUCCUCUGCUGGGAGUCCAGUUUACUGUAGGAAGCUGCAGUUCAUUCAUCCUCCAGGACCAUGGGACUCCCUCUGCUCCUUCUCCUCUGCCUCAUUGGUCACAGCAAGGCUUUAACGUGUGAGCCCGGCCAUUUCCAGUGUGGGAAUGGGAUCUGCAUCCCAGCCCUUUGGGUGUGUGACGGGACAGAUGACUGUGGAGACGGCACAGAUGAACUUCCUGGUACCUGUGUGGCCAAAACAUGCAAACCAUCAGAGUUUAGGUGCCCAGACCGCGUGACCCGCUGCAUACCGAACAGUUGGCGCUGUGAUGGAGAAGCUGACUGUGUAAAUGGAGCUGAUGAAGAGAACUGUGUUCCCAAGCUGUGCACAGAUUCAGAGUUUACCUGCACAAGCGGCCAAUGUGUCUCCUCUGCCUUCGUGUGUGACAAAGAUGCAGACUGUGAUGAUGAGAGCGACGAGGCCUCCUGCCCGCCAAUCACCUGCAGCUCUGCGUCCUUCCAGUGCAACAACACCGUCUGUGUUCCCCGACUCUGGGCCUGUGACGGCGAUGAAGACUGCUCUGACGGUUCAGACGAGUGGCCUGAGAACUGUGCCACAAAGACUCCAACCCGCUCUGCCGUUCACCAGUGCUCCUCCCAGGAAUACCAGUGUGGCAGUGGGGAUUGCAUCCACAGCAGCUGGAAGUGUGACGGAGAUACUGACUGCCUCGAUCGGUCAGAUGAAGCUCACUGUGCCCAUUCCACGUGUCGUCCAGAUGAGUUUGAAUGUGGUGACGGUACGUGCAUCCAUGGCAGCCGCCAGUGCAACCAGCAGUAUGACUGCAGCGACAGGAGCGAUGAAGUCGGCUGUGUCAACGUGACCCACUGUGACGGACCGAACCAUUUUAAGUGUCGCAACGGGGAUUGUAUAACCAUGGAGAAAGUGUGUGACAAGAGGCGCGACUGCAGGGAUUGGUCAGAUGAGCCUCUUAGGGAGUGUGGCUCUAAUGAGUGCCUCUACAACAACGGUGGCUGCUCUCAUGUUUGCAACGACCUGAAGCUCGGUUACGAGUGCUUGUGUCCAACCGGUUACCACCUAGUGGAUAAAAGACGGUGUGAAGACAUUGAUGAGUGUGCAAACCCAGAAACCUGCAGCCAAAUCUGCAUCAACCAGAUGGGCGGCUAUAAAUGUGACUGUGAGGGAGGUUAUCAGAUGGACCCAGCAACGCAUGCUUGUAAAGCUAUAGGUACAAUAGCCUACCUUUUCUUCACCAAUCGCCAUGAAGUCAGAAAAAUGACGCUGGACAAAAGCGAAUACACAAGAGUAAUCCCCCGACUAAAGAACGUGGUAGCCCUGGACAUGCACAUAGCCACCAAAGAGAUGUACUGGUCGGACCUCUCCCAGAAGAAAAUCUACAGGACUCCAAUGGACUCCGCGGAGGACUUCUCUCAACACCAUGUAGUGAUCGACAGUGAUAUUGAGGGUCCUGAAGGUAUAGCGUUCGACUGGGUCCAUGGUAACCUCUACUGGACCGACAGUAUUCGGAAAACUGUUUCCGUGGUAACUGCUGAUGGUAGCCGCCGCAAAACUCUCUUCUAUCAAGACUUAUCAAAGCCCCGUGCCAUUGUGGUAGAUCCACACAGCAACUUUAUUUACUGGACUGAUUGGGGGAAUCCUGCAAAGAUUGAGAGAGGAGGCCUUAAUGGAGUUGACCGCUCUGCUUUGGUCACUGAUAACAUCGUGUGGCCUAAUGGGAUCACACUAGAUCUGCUGACCCAGCGGCUCUACUGGGUAGACUCUAAGCUGCACACGCUCUCCAGCAUCGACGUGCAAGGCGGUGGCCGGCGCACCCUGAUCAUUGAUGAGGAUAAACUGGCUCAUCCAUUGGGACUUACAGUCUUUGAGGAAAAAGUAUUCUGGACAGAUGUCAGUAAUAAUGCGAUCCUCAGUGCCAACAGGCUGACAGGCAGCGAUAUCGCACCUGUGGCAGAACAUCUUUCAUCCCCUGAAGACAUCAUUCUUUACCAUAACCUCAAACAACCUGCUGGAAGGGACUGGUGUCAGGUGUCCAACAGCAGCUGUGAAUUUAUGUGCCUAGCUGCCCCUCAAAUAGGAAGACAUCCUCCAAAAUAUACCUGUGUUUGUCCAGAUAAUAUGAUGCUAGCAGAAGAUAUGAGGACAUGUGUGACUGCAGCUGUUCAAACUUCCACAGCUUCUUUUGAGUCUCAAUCCACAACUAUCCACCCUCCUCUUGGGCCUACCAUCACACCAAAGACCACUCCAAAGACAACACAGAAGCCUCAGGUUCACACUACUACAACAGUACCUCUCAUAAUUACCAGCACAGUCACUCGGCCAGUCCGGCGUACCACUAGGCCUAUAGUUCGUACCACAACAUCUUUGCCAAAGAAGCCUUCUCCUCGGCCAGAAGAGCCUAAAAUCUUGCACACCACCACAGUUGCUGCUGUCACAACUCCAGGUGCUCCACCAAAAGUUGCUGCAUCUUUACCCAAAACUACCUCCAGCACCACAACAGCUCUUUACUUUGUCCUACCUCUGGCGUUCAUCUGUCUGGUGGCAGUCGGAGGCGUGCUACUAUGGAGAUACUAUCGACUGAAGAACACAAACACAAUUCACUUUCACAACCCUGUAUAUCAGAAAACCUCUGAAGACCAAGUGCACAUUUGGAGGAGCCAAAGCUUUGAAGGUUACUCUUAUCCUAAAAGACAGAUUGUGAGCUUGGAUGAAGAGGCAGACAACCCUACCUUCUGUGAAAACUGAAAAAGGAAGUACAAAGUGGCAAUAAAGUGCCUCAGUGACCGGUGCCAUUCAGAGGCCUUUAGUUGUUUUUGUUUUUUUUUACCUCCUUCAGUGCACAUCCCACAGCCUUAAACCACUAUAUCCUCACCAACCAACAAGUGCUUUACUGUGAAAAUGACAGCAUGGAAAGCUCACGUUUGUGUUUGUGUUCUGCAGGUUUGUCGUUGUAAAAAAACUCAAAUGACACAUUUGAACUGUGAUCCUGGUGAUGAAACUUGGCAAGGGUUUUUUUUUUCUGACCAGAAUGAUAUUUUCUUUUGGCUUUAUUUGGAUUAUUUUCAUAUUCUUUGAAACGUCCCAAUGCUCUGUUUUGGCUUGUGUUGAGAAGUAGUCAUAGAAACAGUCAUAUUUGUCCAAUAUGAAGCACUUUUAAUGGAGAUUCAUUACAUCUGUGCUAUUUAUCAUUUCAAGUAUAUAGGACAGAUUCAUCAAUGGUCUAUUGACAGGGUUUAUUUUACCUCUAACUGCAGCUGUUGGUUUAUUAUUUGUUGCUGCACCAAUAUUGCUGUUAGCACACAGUCUUAUAAACCUUUCAUUUUACUUCCACAGUAAGCUGUACAUGCACCCAGUCAACCACUUGAGUGUCCCCCUAAGAAGGUUGCAUUAUUUUAAGAUUUGCAGCAGAUUCUCUUUUAGUUUCUGUGUCAAAAUAAGUAUUUUUGCAUGUUUUCUAGUACUGGUUAUGUUUCACCAGCUUAAUAGAAAUGUCGGAUCCGAACGCUGCAUGAUCCUGCAGCAUUCUUGCAAAGUCCUCUUUAUAUUUUCCCCACAUGUUUUUAAGUUGGAAACCUAAGCUGGUGAUUUGCGAUCAAAAGUCUGCAUCCGACAGCUACCUUUAACAUUUAACAUUCCUUCUCUGGUUUAAUGCAGCCAUGUGGGACCAAGAGAGCCACGUCUAAUGCUCUGUAUCCCAUCACAUGUAUGUUCACAUGCUCUCAGGACUAAUUUAUGUUAUAUCAGCAUUCCUGAUGAAUGGAUGCCACGUGCACUCGCAGUAUUACGUUAAAAAAAGCAGGUAUUAGUCAGUGUCUUUGUACUGCAGCAAAUGAGUGCCUUUUACUGAGAUGUCUCAGUGUGUUUCAUGUUGGGGCUGUAGAAGAGCCAUAAACCUGCUCAUCAGCCUGUGGACAACCAGCCAUUGCUUCUGCUGCGCUAACGUGACUUCAGUUAGACAGCACAGGAAAUAUAAUUGAGGUCGUUUUGUGUUCAUAGAAUAACCACUGUUUGUAAAUAUUGUUCAUAGCUGUACAUAUUUUAUCCUCUGCAUGCUUGUUAAUGUCUGUUACUGACAUUUUGGCUUUUGAAGAUGUUUUGUAAAUAAAGAAACAAAUCUAU